AUGUAUUCUGUGACUACUAGUGUUGAGGGUGACUGUUACCUGUGUGUACCGCCUGACCCGGGCAUUGAGGCCACUGCUCUAGGUGCUGGUGAGGCUGCUGCUCUAGGUGCUAGUGCGUCUGCUGCCCCAGGUGCCAGUGCUUCUGCUGCCCCAGGUGCCAGUGCGUCUGCUGCCCCAUGUGCUGGUGAGUCUUCUCUCUCAGGUACUACGUUGGCUCAGGCCUUCCACACCUUCACCCUUGACUCGGGUGCGUCCCGCUCCUUCUUUCGAGACUGCACCACUCUUAUGCCGCUUAGUCGGCCGGUUGCAGUCUCCCUGGCAGACCCCUCUGGGGGUCCUGUCCUUGCUAGCUUCUCCACUGUCUUACCGUGCCCGACAGCCCCAUCUGGCACCCUGUCAGGCCGACAAUUGGCCACGUUCACUCGUCGGCCAGGGUCGAGCCUGUACACCCUGACUACUGAGUCUCCUUCGGCUGCUGAGUCUGGUCAGGUAGCUGCGUCGAGUUAG